CACAGCCUGACGAUCGAGAUUACAAGGUUUCGCGAUAUCAAACACGCUUGCCACAUCCCUCAGGGAACUCGGGAAGGGUCACUCACUCCUAACCAGAGUGCACUUCAAACAAGCGUUCUGCGAUACAGCGCUUGGAAGCAUCUUUCCUGCCUGACCGCGCGACCACAACACCACUGAAACCGAGGCGCCAGGUAGUCAGUCAUCUUCGUAUUUUCCUGGUUAUUGACACUGAGAAACCGGCUUCUGGUCGCAAUAAGCGUAACAAUGGAGGCGGUUGGGGCGGCCGCCAGCAUUGUAGCGCUCGUUGAGAUAUCCGCGAAGUUGGGUCGGCAAUGCGUCGACUACAUCAAAAAGGUCCGGGGGUCGAAAGACGAAAUCAGAAGACUCGCGACGGAGAACGAUGCUCUCGCACAAAUCCUCAAACAGAUCCAAGAUCUACUCAGUGAUGAUAUCAAGUCUGCGAGCGUCAGACAUCAGCUGGAUUCAUCCCAAAAGCUCCACAAGAACCUGACCAGCUGCGGGAAGAUGUUGCAAGAUUUGACGGCAAAGUUGGACCAAGAGCCGAACGCGAGCCGGUGGAAACGCUAUGUAGGGGCUCUCAAAUGGCCGCUCUCCAGUACAGAGGUGUCAGAGGCCAUUUCGGCGCUGCAUCGUUGGCGAGAGAUGUUCCAAACAGCAUUGUCCAUUGACCAAGUCAACAUCGCUCGGCGGAUAGAAGAUGCCCUCGACGUUGCCAACCUUCCUUUUGCAAAGGGCGCGGCUUUUGAUGACUACGACAAUGAGCUAGAGCCGCGCUGUCACCCAGAGACGAGAAUGGAUUUGCUUCGUCAGGUUGCCAGCUGGGCCGAUACCCCAGAGGGGAAAUGCGUUUUCUGGCUGUGCGGUCCUGCCGGGGCCGGAAAGUCCACCAUCUCCCAGACGGUUGCACACACCUUUGCAGAGAGAAACCAGCUAGGCGCAAGCUUUUUCUUCAACAAAACCCGAGAUGGGCGUAAUACGGCGAACCUCUUCGUCACGACAAUCGCAAGGCAGCUCGCACGGAGGGUUCCCAAGCUUAAGGAUCUCAUCUUAGCGGCCAUCCAAAAGGACCCUGACCUGCCCGGCAAGGCUCUUCGCACACAGUUCAGCAGUCUAGUGUUGGAGCCUCUGAAAACCUUCGAGCCUGAAGGGCUUCUGGUUCCCACGCUGGUCCUAGUCGUUGACGCUCUGGACGAAUGCGAAGCAGAGAACCUCACCGGAGCCGACACCCGAUGUGAAAGAAGUCGUAUGAUUAUCAACCUUCUCGCAAGUAUGGCCUCCGUAAAAGGCUUCAACAUGCGCGUCUUCCUUACCAGCCGGCCGGAAGUCCCGAUCCGAUUGGGAUUCCGCGAUGAGAUUCCUCGGGAUUCGCACCAAAGUUUAGCCCUACACAACAUACCCGAAUCAAUCAUCAAGCACGACAUCGGGGUUUUCCUGGAAAGCCAUCUCGAGCAGAUACGAUCUUCAUAUCAAAUACCCCAGGAGUGGCCGGGGGAGGACGCUGUAAUGCGACUCGUUGAGCUCUCCACGCCUCUGUUCAUAUAUGCGGCCACCAUUUGCAAGUUCAUCAACGACCCAAGUCGGCGAUUCAGCCCUCGAGCGCAGCUAGAGGAAUUCAUGGAACGCAGCCAAGGUGCAACAGAUAUCGAGACAACCUACAAGCCAGUCUUGGAACAAAUCCUGCGAGGACUAAACGAUGCCAGGCAAGAAUCCGAACUUGUACAGUUUCGCAGAAUUGUCGGGUCUAUCAUCUUGUUGGCAGACCCGCUUCCCCUUCGAUACCUGUCCCAACUUCUUCAAACUGAUUCGGAUAAGGUUGUCUGCCACCUGAACAACCUGCAUUCCGUGCUGAACGUGCCCGAAGACAACGACUCUGAUAGCCCCAUCAGUCUCUUCCACUUGUCGUUCAGAGAGUAUCUGCUAGCCAACCCAGGUGGGAAGAACCGGUUCUGGAUCGAAGAACAGUCCAAGCAUGGCGAACUGCUGGACUGCUGUCUGGAAGUCAUGAGCAACAAACCCGGCAAAGAGUUCUGCUUGAAAAACGACAUAUGUCAACUGAACGAGCCUGGAGUUUAUCGAGAAGAUGUCCCAUCUGAUCACAUAAAGCGACACAUUCCUCGCCAUCUAGAGUACUCAUGCAUCUAUUGGGUCCAUCACUUACACAGAAGCCACAAAACCGACCGCACGAAGGACAAGGUGUAUGAUUUCCUCUCCCAACACUUUGUUCAUUGGGUCGAAGCGAUGAGCUGGCUCGGCAAGAUUGAACAGGUCGUUGAAGAAGUCAUGGCGCUUCAAGACCUCUACUCCCUGAACACCGAUGCGGCCAGCUUUCUGAGAGACGCCUGGCGGUUCUUGGUCGAGCACAAAUACAUCAUCGACUUGACGCCGUGUCAAGUCUACUCGUCCGCGCUGCUCUAUUCCCCCCAGAACUCAGUCAUCAGAAAGACGUUUUGGCCCGAGAUCCCGGAAUGGAUUCUCAAAGCCCCUGGAGCGGCGCUAGACUGGAACGCCACCUCACGGCCGAUCAAACGGUAUCGCCAAGAUAUUGGCUCAGUGGCUUUCUCGCCGGACGGUGGCAUAGUGGCAGCGGCCACCGGAAAAGAGAUCGAUGUUUUAAGAACAGUAUCUGGAACAGUUCUGGAAACACUCAGCGAGUUCGAUAGCAGUCCAUUGUGUGUGGUCUUUGUUAGCAACACCAGACUUGCUGUCGGUCUUCAGUCAGGUACCAUCAUCUUUUGGGACUUUGAGCAGGACCGCAAAACGCCCGUACACCUGUCUGACUCUCCAAUCACAUAUCUUGCCGUUUCGGUAACGGGUCGGACGGUCUCUGCGUUCGAAGAAGGCCGCGUUUGUCUGUUGGAUGAGGAUCAUCAUGUCGUGCAUGACUGGCACGCUUCCUGGUAUUCUCGCCCGAGUGAUUACCAGUCCCCAUUACAGGUUGAGGACACGGUCACUUUUCCCAAUGAUCUCAGCGUGGCCUACUCGCCCGAUGGGACAUUUCUUGCUUUCACCACGCUAGGCCAGUCUGACAAUAUUGAAAUAUACGAUGCUGGGUCUGGACUCCGAGUUCGAGAGAUACCGGCACCCGACGGCUUCGUGUUCGGCGAAUUGGCAAUUUCGCCUAAGAACUUACUGCUGGCAGCCGUAGGCGUGGUCGAAAAAUCGACGUACUCAUUGAAGUUAGACACGGUUUCGAAAGAUGCAUACGCAUGGGACUUGGAUCGAUCGAGUGACUCUCCGACGUAUCAUCUGGACGUGACUUUGGGCAUCUCCCAGAGACCAAGCUUCAACAAGAACGAGAUGCUGGCAAUCGUCGACGAUACAUUCAAACUGUCUCUUUGGGACGGUCUUCGCGAUUCGCCCCAGUUGAUAGCUGAAAUUGACAACGUCUGCGAUCCCUGUUGGUCUCCAGAUGGCAAACAAAUCCUCGCCAUCAACCGCUUCGAAGGCGAGGUAAAAGUCAUCGACAUAGACCAUCUCGAAAACGCUAGCCAACAAGAUAAAUCAGAGCACAGUGUAGAUGCACCGUUAGAUCCUCGUUUUCUGCAACUGGUUUCUUCGCCUGAUGGCACCCGUGUCGCUAUGAUUUCUGGACGGGGCAGUCUCAAGGUGUGGAACAUCAACACUGCCAACGGGGGAGACCUCACGGCUUGCCUGUGCGUAGAUCCGAGGCCAUCGUUGAGCAAAGUGUAUGAUUGCGUCACAGCCGAAUGGAGUCCAGACAGCAGGUUCGUGGCUGUCGCGUUGCCCGAGGAGUUGAUCAUUUACCAGAGCUUGCCAUCGUCAAGCCACUUCGAACAAACGCACAGUCGUGGCUACGACCAACCGGCUCACCGUAGCCAAAGUUGCCUAUCCUUCUCCCCGUGCGGUGGCCACCUUGCGAUGGGCGAAGACUUGGAAAAGCCUCGGGUUACGGUUUGGGAUUUCCCUUCACUUCAAGUCCGCUGGGUGCGGAAUGUGGAGGCCGAGGGGAGCGAGUACAGCUUCAACGUGCAGCUGAGAAUUGCGCCCGGUGGGAAACAUUUGGUCUUGCUCCUGUGGUCAACUCUCCAACUCAUGGACCUGGACUCGGGCGCAGUCAUGUGGACCAAGAAGUUUGAUAACACUCUGCAAUCCAUGGCGCUCAACUCGGUCGGAUCGAUGAUUGCAGUUUUUGCCUUCGACUUGUUACGCCACGAUGAUGACGAUGACAGCGAUAACGUCGAUGCCGGAGGUUACCAAGUUGAUCUCUUUGCUGCGGAGGGUGGGAGGCUUCUCGAAAAGAUGGUACUAACAAAGUCUCGUCCAAAUUUUCCCUUACUCUAUUCCUUUAUGUCAUUUGCUGGUCGGGAUAAAUUCGUCGUGGUUAACGAGCAUUUGUUCGACGUGAACAAUGCGAACGUCAGUUCCCAAGAUGGCGGUUGCGACGCCAUAAUCAAACGCGCAUGUCAAGUCUCACGUGGCUACCGUCGGGGCCACACAGGCAUCUGGAUAGUAAAAGACGGUCGCGGAUUAUUGCAUGUACCAAGUCAUUGCGACAUAGGCGUGGAAAAGAACUGGAUCUUUCAUCCGCAUCGGCAAGUAAGCUUCGACAAGAGGACAAAUAAGCCGUUCGUCAUCGAGCUAGCCUGCGACAACUGCAUUUUCGAGGACGGAUGGGACAAGAGCUAGAGGGGGAUUGUUACUACAUGUAUGUGAAUACAGUCAUAUCCCCAAAACAAGACCGUGAGGAGGUAGGUAGCCUGUGCAUUCUACUAGGCCUUGGUUUGGCUUCAGACC